CUCCUCCUCCUCUAUUUAUCAUUAUUUAAACUCGACUUGAUAUCUGAUACUUGAAUUUAUUUGAUAUAUUAUUGACUUUUUUUUCCUUUAUAUAUAUAUUCUUCAUCGUCAAUCGCCAUAACUGUCAUCACGAGGAAAACAAACAUCAAAGAUACUGCUCUUUUGAAUUGACCUGGUGAUUCUUUGUUAGAACCUUUUGAAAUGUGGGUUGCUUGAAUUCAACAUUUACCAAUUAUAUAUUUUAUAUAUAUAUAUAUUUUACUUGUGUAUUUCUUCUUGUGUCUUCUCAUCCCUUGGAACAAGUAACAAGUGCAAUCCUAUCAUAUAUACUUCUCUACAUUCUCCUUCCGCUAUUCUACUGGUUAUUGUAUUAUCUCCCUAUUAAGGUGUAUGGACGUCAAGUCUUCGAACUAUUCUUCAACGUCUGGUCCUGUGAAGGUUAGACCUAGUUGGUUAUUAGCAAAUAAUCCGAGUCUUGCAUUCUCGUCUUUUGUUACAGCCGAUUCACCAACACAUAGACCUUCAGCAUCAUCUAGUUCCUCUUCUUUCAAUACAUCUAUUAUCAAAUCUAAUGUACCACUUGUAGGAAAACCCAUUGAUGAUGAUCAACAGCGAACAAGAAGCACAUUGAGACUCACCCGAUCUUCUUUGAUGGAUAACAAGGCAAACACAACUAGUAACAAAACUACAUAUGAUUCAACACCAACAACAACGACAUUUGACACGGACUUUCCCACUUUGGUUGAUUCUCCCAUUACAAAGACGUCCACAACACCAACUACAAUGAAUAUUAGAAUAGAACAACAUGAGCAAGUAUGGAACGACGCUAAGGUCAUCCAACAUAGAGUCAAAUCACCUGCACGUUUAUCUACAGAUGAAAAUAAUCAUGACGAUGGCGAUGGAAACAAUAGUCAUUUGGGGAUGGAAAUAGAAAGAUUGAAAGCACUCGUACCAAAAAAACACCUUCAACAGCAACAUCAUUUACAACAACGACAACAGUAUGGUUCAAAACAAUCACUUUCUCACGGACAUCGAUCGUCCUCCAUUAAAAAUUCAUUCUCUUCUUCUAUGCAAACGGCAACUUCAACACCAUCUCAAGGACGUCAAAUGAACUCUAUUGCACCAUUAUCUCAGCAAACGAACAUAGCAUUGACCCGACGCACUAUAGAAGGACCAUCAUCGUUCGCUAAGGGCCAUAAACAACAGCAUAUUGCACAAAAGUAUGACGACAAUGGAAUACCUUCUUCGCCUUCAUCAAAUAUCGGAAGAACAUCUGUAGAAUCAACAACCAUGAUCUCUCCAUGUAAGACGGCGGUGACAGAACAAGAUCAGAUCCGAUUCUACCUGUUUUUGAAACGAUGGACGAGCUGUGAUAUGACAAUUUCAUGGACUAGUGGACAAUCUUGGACAAAACGUGCUGCCAUUCCUCUUCCUAUAGGUGCUCCUAGACAAUAUGCCUCUGAUGUUUAG